AUGGGAACUACCGAGUCAUCCCAACAUAAAACCUGGGCAAAAGAACCAUAUAUCAUCUCAACCGACCCAUCACUAAUCCCAAUCUCAACACUAAACACCUGGUUCGCAACCGAAGAAGUCUACUGGGCCAAACCCAUGCCCGAAGACGCCAUGCGAGCAACACUACAAAAUUCCCUCUGUUUUGGCUUGUACCACUGUCCAAACAAAGAUGCAAAUGAAACAAAAGACCCCAAAGCCGAAAAUUUGGAGUUCAUCGGUAUUGCAAGAUGCAUCACAGACACCACAACAUUCAUCUACCUAACAGACGUCUUCAUUCUACCCACGUAUCAGGGCAGUGGACUCGGCAAAUGGCUUGUGAGCUGCGUGCAAGAAAUCAUUGAGACUAUGCCGUAUUUGAGGAGGUCGCUUUUGUUCACGGGCGAUUGGAAACGCUCUGUGCCGUUUUAUGAGAGAAUUAUGGGUGUUGAUGUGGUUGAAUGUAGGCCGCCGGCUGGUGGCCGGGAUGGGAAGGGGUUGGCUGUUAUGAUGAGGAAGUUUAGGGGACAUCCUGAUUUUGUAGAGGAUUCUUUAACUUAG